GGUUCUUUUGACCAGUCUCCAACUUGAUCGCUUUAACUGAGGCACCUGAGCCGGGCCACUUACCCAUAUAUUCCUGGUCAACGGGCACUAUGCGGGCGGUAUUCAUCCGUCGUAUAGCCUGACUUGGGUGCGAAGGGUCUAUCGGUCUUUUGGGAUCCCUCUCGUGGUCACCUUGCCUAGAUUUAACUUGGUAUCAACUGCUGAAAUACAUCUCUCGCGGGGCACUGUCUCGAGGUUAGGAAACGAGUGGAUGGUAGAAGAUCAGUUCUCGGAUCAUGGCUCUUGCGACAACUGCAGCAGUCGCUGCGGGCGGCUGGGCCGCUGCUGCUUACCUCGAUGCCAAGUUCCAUUUUCGAUCAGACUCCAAAACAUUGAAUAGGAUAAAGCAUGGCGCAAAGGAAUACGCUCGCGCCGUCAAGGAGGACAAAGUCAAUCUCUGGCACGUCAUCGAAGAGCAAUGCAAGAAGAGCUGGGAUAGACGGGCCAUCUGGUCCCGGGAAGGCGAAUAUACGUUUGGGCAGUUAUACGAAGAGACCGUCCGAAUCGCCCAAUUCAUGUUAGACGAGGGCAUCAGACCCGGGGAGCUGGUUGGAAUGUACCUUGUCAAUUCUCCCCAUUUCAUCUUUGUGUGGUUUGCAACUCUAGCCAUCGGCUGCGCACCUGCAUUCAUCAACUACAACCUCGAAGGCAAGGCUCUGUUGCACUGUCUGGAGGUUACCGAGACGAAGUUGUUAAUUGUGGAUGAUGAUGCCGGAUGCCAGCAGAGGAUUAAUGCGAGUCGCACCGAGAUCGAAGCCACCGGGAUGAAGGUUGCUGUUCUGGACAACAGUCUCAAACAAACCAUCUCCUCAAUGCCUCGGCCGGAACUUGGAGAUGAACUGCGCGCUGGUACCAAGGGUGACUUUCCUUAUUGUUUGAUUUUCACCAGUGGUACUACCGGUCUCCCCAAAGGCUGUGCUUUCACACUGGCCCGAGUGUGGCAGAUAAGUGGCCAUGACAUGCCGAUAGUCGACGGUGUCCCUGGUAAGGAUCAAUGGUACAAUGCCAUGCCUUUGUAUCACGGUACGGGCGCUAUAUCGAGCUCUUGCGCUCUGCUUCAGGGUAUAUCCAUCGCGAUAGGACGAAAGUUUUCCGUUUCACGAUAUUGGGAUGACAUUUAUGAUUCGGAGUCGACCAUCUUGAUCUACGUUGGCGAGACAGCACGAUAUCUUUUGAAUGCGCCACCUCACCCGCUAGAACGAGCGCAUAAACUACGCCUCGCCUAUGGCAACGGUCUAAGGCCUGACGUGUGGGAGAAAUUCCAGACUCGGUUCAAUAUACCCGAGAUUGGUGAAUUCUUCAACUCGUCCGAAGGCAUGUUCAGUUUAUUCAACCAUGAUAGGGGACCAUACAUGAGAGCCUGCGUCGGCCAUCAUGGCCUGAUCAUGCGAAGAAUGUUCCACAAUGUGUACAUUCCAGUUAAAAUCGACUACGAGACAGGCGAUAUCUGGAGAGAUCCAAAGACUGGGUUUGCACAACGAACCUCGUAUGAUGAGGGAGGCGAAAUAUUGGUUACAGUACCGAACAAAGAAGCGUUCCAAGGUUACUGGCGAUCGCCAGCUGCGACAGAGAAAAAGUUUGCCGCAAACGUGUUCAAACAGGGAGAUAUAUACUACCGGACAGGUGACGCACUUCGACGUGAGCCGGACGGAAGGUGGCAUUUUCUGGAUCGUCUAGGCGACACCUACAGAUGGAAAUCCGAAAAUGUGUCGACUGCAGAAGUCGCCUUGACUAUGGGCCGAUAUCCAGGUAUCGCUGAGGCCAAUGUGUACGGUGUGUUGGUGCCCAACCACGAAGGCCGUGCAGGUUGUGCGGCAAUCCACCUCGAUCCGAACCAUAACGGUGCCCCAGUCGACUACAACGAAUUACUAAGAUACACAAGGGCGCGUCUUCCUCGCUAUGCAGUCCCCGUCUUCCUCCGGAUCGUCAAGUCUAGCAGCCACAUCCACAAUCACAAGCAGAAUAAAGUUCCGUUGCGAAAAGAAGGCAUCGAUCCCAGAUUGGUCGGCACUGAGGCACCGGAAGGCGCAAACGACGUCUUUCUAUGGGUGCCGCCCAAGUCGGAUGAAUACAUCGUCUUUACGCAGCAAGAUUGGGAGUCAUUGCUCGGUGCGAAGGCACGGUUGUAGAGAGAAAUAGCCAUAGAUCACGGCAUGUUCGGACUCUCUAUGUUUAGCGCAUAUAUAUCGUCUAGCCCAGCCUUGCGUCUGAUUGAUCAUCGGACCCUCUCGACUUCCCUCUAUUGCUAUCCUGUCGCAAUGACUCCAGGGAA